AUGCCAGGUUGGCUGCUUUUGGUAACGAGUACCUGGGCUUUGGCCGGCGCCGUGCCUGAGCGAGGCCUUCGUUUCAUCCUGGAUCUCGAUGACGUCUGUCAAAUGCGGCAAGGUCUCCGUCCCAGCUGUGCCUUCAGCGCUAUCCAAGUCCGAGGACAACGGGACCAGGACCUGGCCCUGCUGAUGGACGACGAGUGCUUCAUCGACAGCGGCCACUACUCCCUCAGCAGCACCUUGCGCACCACAGUGCGUUCAGAGGCUAACAGUGUCGACCUGAACCAGACGCAGCACGGUGAGCUCUGA